GUCAACCUUUCUGUAACGAAUCAUGAACGGAUCGUUAUUGAUGAAUAUUCAUUUCUCCAUCCUCGUCGUGCUGUGCCGUUAUCCCGGCACAGCGUCGGCUACCAUCGACGUUAAUUUGAACGAGUUAGAAUAUUUAGCUGCCCGGCUGGAUCCGUUCGAGUGUCGCAGAUUGAUAACGGCCCUUCAUUACCACAGCUAUGAACUACCGAACAAUUUACCCGAGGCUGAGAGGAACGUGGACGAUGACGUGCCCUGUUUCCGUCACCUGCUGCAUUGGAACGGUUCCCCGGCCGAAGGGAAAGGCAACAGUCAUGAAGCAUUAACGCAUAGGCUGCGUCAGAUAAAUCGCAAUGACCUGGCCGACUGGCUGGGCAGGUCGGCGUUCAAGCAACUGGGCAACGACUUAAACAGAGCAGUGGAAGCAGGAUCGUUCGGCGAACUCGGGAAACGGGAGACGGAUCCACCGUAAUCCAUUUAAUUAUCUCGUCACGUGCUACGAAUGGUUACUUCAUUAAUUGAUUGAGAUCAGUCGUCUGGUGGUGACUUUGGAAUCGAGAACUUCGAAGGAGGAGGAGGAGGAUCCCUGGUGGCAGGCAAACGUCGUACUUCUAGCUGUUUUAGUCGGGCUGAUAGGAAGUUUAAUCGCAAUCGUCUGUGCAGCUGUUUUCUAUAAAAUUCGACAGAGUCUUCGCGAGAGGAUGUACAAGUAUGUCGAGGCAGAAAUCGAUAGAUUAAUAGCUAUUAUGUUAUCUCCGUGUUUAUCAGAAAUUACAUCGGUGUACACGGUCGUAAUCGUUUGAUUAACAAACUGAUUAAUGACAGAGAAGUAAGGCAACGAGAGGAGGAGGAGGAGGUUGACGAAUAUUCUAAGGGACACCGUGCAGAGACUACAGAAUACGAUACGGAUUUCGAAUAGAUAAAUAGUUCGGGGGACCUCCUAAUUAAUAGAUUCUAACUG